UCUUCUACACCCCGGUGGUGAGCUAAACGCAACAACUAGUCUAAAAAUUGUGUCUUAUCGAAAAUUAAAUAAAUAUAAAAAUAAUUCGUGUACUGCUCGAAUUGAGGGCUUCAUGUGCGAAUAAAAUAAGAACAAUAUAAAAAGAAAGAAAGAAAAAGAACAGAACAGUUAUAGUCGAUCGUUUGAAUACGGAAAAUGGCGGAUCGUGAAUAGAGACCGUCGUUUUUGGAUAUAUCAAAUCCAAUUCUUCAUGCAAAUUCAUGAUUAUUUCGUUUCCCGUGGAAAAUGUUGGUGAGAACUUAUUGCCGUGCUUAGGGCUCCCGUGUGUGCGUGCCGACCGGAAAAUCGAUACCGUGUUAUGCCGACUGUCUAGGUCUAAUUUAAACUGUCCCGGCUAACAGACUGUUGUUCAUGUCAAAGAAAAAAGAGGAAGAGUAGCUUAGCUCCCUUCGAAGAGAUGACGACGGAGAACGCGACGCCUGGCCAGGCGGACGCCAGCACGGCGUUCCUACGCGCUGCCCGUGCCGGAAACAUCGAGAAGAUCAUCAGUCUUCUCGAGCAAGGCGUUGAUAUCAACGUCAGCAAUGCGAAUGGCCUAAAUGCCAUCCAUCUCGCUUCCAAAGACGGCCAUGUCGAAGUAGUGAGGGUCCUGCUGGAGCGAGGAGCAGCAAUCGACGCGGCCACCAAGAAAGGGAACACAGCACUUCAUAUUGCUUCUCUGGCUGGUCAAGAGGCAGUCGUUAAACUACUCGUCCAAAAUGGAGCUCAGGUCAACAUCCAAUCCCAGAAUGGUUUCACACCUUUAUACAUGGCAGCCCAAGAGAACCACGACGGUGUGGUCAAGUUUCUUCUUGGUAACGGUGCGAACCAGAGCCUUGCCACUGAGGACGGAUUCACGCCUCUAGCGGUGGCGAUGCAACAAGGACACGAGAAAGUAGUGGCAGUUCUUUUAGAGGCAGACACGCGCGGUCGAGUGCGACUACCAGCCCUUCACAUUGCAGCCAAGAAAGACGACGUGAAGGCUGCUAACUUACUCUUAGAGAACGAGCACAAUCCAGACGUGACCUCUAAGUCUGGAUUCACUCCGCUACACAUCGCGGCUCACUACGGCAACGAAGCAGUCGCAAGACUAUUGCUGGCCAAAGGCGCUGACGUCAACUGUGCUGCGAAACACAACAUAUGUCCGUUACACGUCGCUGCCAAAUGGGGCAAGGAGAAUAUGGUAGCUUUGUUAUGCGAUAAUGGGGCGAAUGUAGAGGCCCGCACUAGAGAUGGGCUGACCCCUCUACACUGUGCCGCCAGAUCUGGCCACGAGAGAGUCGUUGAAGCUUUACUUGAUAGGGGUGCUCCUAUUACCAGUAAGAGCAAGAACGGUCUAGCCCCGUUGCACAUGUCGGCGCAAGGCGAACACGCCGAGGCGGCGCGCGUGCUCUUGUCGCGACGCGCCCCCGUCGAUGACGUCACCGUGGACUACCUCACCGCGCUUCAUGUAGCCGCUCACUGCGGUCACGCUAAAGUCGCGAAACUGCUUUUAGAUAGAAAUGCCGACGCGAACGCUAGAGCCUUGAAUGGCUUCACACCUUUGCACAUCGCCUGCAAGAAAAAUAGGAUCAAGGUCGUUGAGUUACUCCUCAAAUACGGUGCAAGUAUCCAGGCAACAACAGAAUCAGGUCUUACGCCCCUCCACGUGGCGGCUUUUAUGGGCUGCAUGAACAUCGUGAUUUACUUACUCCAGCACGAGGCGAAUCCUGAUGUUCCCACGGUCAGGGGAGAGACACCGCUACAUUUGGCAGCAAGAGCUAACCAGACUGACAUUAUCCGUAUUCUUCUACGUAACGGCGCGGCCGUCGAAGCCAAGGCUCGUGAGAGGCAAACCCCUCUCCACAUCGCGUCUCGGCUCGGUAACGUCGACAUCGCAGUACUGCUGUUACAGCACGGCGCUGACGUCAGAGCCAUUACUGCUGACCAUUACAAUCCACUGCACAUCGCUGCCAAACAGCACAAUCACGAUGUUGCAGCAGCUUUAAUUGAACACAACGCACCCCUAACUGCGACCACAAAGAAAGGGUUCACCGCUCUUCAUCUGGCUGCGAAGUAUGGGAACCUGAAGGUUGCGAAUCUUUUACUCGCUCACGGUGCGGCUCCAGACCAAGCUGGUAAAAAUGGCAUGACUCCUCUACACAUCGCUGCACAGUACGACCAGCAAGCCGUCGCCACUACGCUCCUUGAGAAAGGAGCUGAUGCUAAGGCUGUAGCCAAGAACGGGCAUACACCUCUUCAUAUCGCGGCUCGUAAGAAUCAAAUGGAAACUGCAGCCACGCUUCUCGAGUACGGAGCGUUGACCAACGCUGAAUCAAAGGCUGGAUUUACUCCUCUGCAUUUGGCUGCCCAGCAGGGUCACACCGAAAUGUGCGCUCUGCUUCUCGAACAUAGCGCUGAACCAGAGCAUCAGUCUAAAAACGGGCUGGCAGCAUUGCAUUUGGCUGCUCAAGAAGAUAAGGUCCCAGUAGCACAACUGCUAGUGAAGCAUGGCGCUGAGGUGGACAUCUGCACUAAGGGCGGCUACACGCCUCUACACAUUGCCAGUCACUAUGGCCAACCGAACAUGGUGCGCUAUUUACUCGAAAAUGGUGCUUCUGUUAAAGCUCAAACCGCACAUGGUUACACAGCCCUACAUCACGCCGCUCAGCAGGGCCACAUUAAUAUUGUGAAUAUUCUACUUGAACACAAAGCAGAUGCAAACGCGACGACUACGAGCGGACAAACUCCUUUGGAUAUAGCGUCCAAGCUGGGUUACGUAACAGUGAUGGAGACUCUUAAGGAAAUAUCAGAGCCGUCGUCGGCACCAGCCUCGCAGGAAAAGUACAAGGUGGUCGCCCCGGAGACCAUGCUUGAGACCUUCAUGUCUGACUCAGAGGAAGAAGGUGGUGAAGACACCAUUCUAAACGACCAGCCAUACAGAUAUCUGACCGCCGAUGAUAUGAAGUCUUUGGGAGAUGAUUCUCUGCCAAUCGACGUGACUAAGGAUGAACGAACAGAAUCCGCCAUGAGCCAUAAGAAUAUCAUGGAAAUCUCUCAAGGGUCUAUGAACGGGAUUCCGUACCAACCUCAGCAAGAAGUGGUGGUGAAGAGCAUUAGUCGUUACAGUACUGCACAGGCUCCUGAGGCGUAUUGCUACAACGUGGAUCCAACACAACCCAAAAAGAAAUUGCAGUGGAAGAAUUUCUUGGUAUCCUUCCUUGUGGACGCCCGUGGAGGGGCGAUGCGUGGUUGCCGUGGGGGCGGAGUAAGGGUCAUCGUUCCACCACUUUCUGCACAGCAACCUACCAGAAUUACUUGCAGAUAUCUGAAACCAUCUCGUAUUAAUCACAUGCCGCCUUUGAUGGAGGGCGAGGCUCUUGCUUCGAGAGUUUUAGAAAUGGGACCUGUUUCUGCUAAAUUCUUAGGGCCAGUUAUUCUGGAGGUGCCCCAUUACGCUUCACUGCGAGGCAAAGAACGAGAGAUUGUGAUCCUCCGUUCAGAUAAUGGCACUAGCUGGAGGGAGCAUAAUGCUGACGCUACAGAUGACGUGGUUCAAGAUAUCCUGCACGAGACCUUAGAAAUUGAAGAAGCUAAUGAAGAUGAGAAAGGAUGGGAUGCUCCGCGUCUCACCAGAAUCCUGACUCACGAUUUCCCGCAAUACUUUGCUGUUAUAUCGCGCAUACGUCAAGAAGUACACGCUAUUGGACCUGAAGGUGGAAUGGUUUCGAGUUCAGUCGUUCCACAAGUCCAAGCGGUCUUCCCUCAGGGAGCUCUGACGAAGAAGAUCAAAGUUGGCCUCCAGGCUCAAAUUAUAGAUUCUGAAUUAACUGCUAAGCUACUGGGACGUGGAGUAGCGGUUUCUCCUGUGGUUACUGUCGAGCCACGCAGGAGAAAGUUCCACAAAGCAAUUACUCUGAGCAUGCCAGCGCCUAGACCUCAUACUCAGGGCAUGACAAACCAGUAUAGCACAUCAUCUGCGCCAACGUUAAGACUUCUUUGCUCCAUUUCAGGAGGAACAAACAGGGCUCACUGGGAAGACGUUACUGAAAAUACACCUUUGACGUUUGUAAACGAUUGUGUUUCCUUUACUACGACGGUAUCGGCUAGAUACUGGCUGAUCGAUUGUAGACACAUCGAAGAUGCUACGAAAAUGGCUACAGAAUUAUAUAGAGAGGCUAUUCAUGUACCAUUUAUGUCGCGUUUUGUUGUUUACGCGAAGAGAUCUGACGAAAACCAAGCGCAGCUCAGGAUGUUCUGUGUUACUGAUGAUAAAGAAGAUAAAGCUUUAGAACGCAUCGAACGAUUUAUUCAAGUUGCUAAAAGUCGCGAUGUUGAGGUCCACGAAGGAAAACCAGUCUAUCUGGAAUUCGGUGGAAACCUCGUUCCGGUAGCUAAAUCAGGAGAACAGUUGACAAUACCAUUCCGGGCCUUCCGAGAAAAUCGCAUGGCGUUCCCGGUUAUGAUCAAGACCCAGGAUCUAGAACCGAUUUGCAGAUGUCAGUUCAUGAGAGAUCCGAAGGUGCCUAAAGGCGAACCUUCCCCCGCUCCUAUUGCCGUUCUCAACAUAAUGGUACCUGACGAGCCGACUGAUAGGACAUCGCCUCUACCAUCAGAAGCGGUUCCGAGACGCACUGAGGAACAAGAAUUGAUUUGGAGGCAGCGACUCAGUGAUCCUAGGCUGGAAGAUAUCUGCAAUCUACUGGGUAAAGAUUGGGUGGCUUUAGCUUAUGAAUUGGGCGUGAGUGUUGCCACGGUUAAUCAAAUUCAAGCUAAAAGGAUCACCGCACCGGAACAAGCUCAGCUUAUGUUGAAACUUUGGAAGACACAAUCUGGAACAAAGGCUCAAGACAAUUCCUUGGAACUAGCACUCUGUCGUAUAGGCAGAGAUGACAUAAUAGCUCCGCAGUCAGACACGAUAAACGAAAGACGAAUCCGGCGUAACAUUUACCAAGAGAGGCAAGCAUCUGAAGAGAUCGAAGCGUAUAAAGCAGAAGAAGAUAAUAAGCUCAAAGAAAAACUGUACAAUGAAGAAGAUAUACUACCGGAGCAUAGAGAAUCAGAACAUGAUCAAGAUGAAGCCAAAUAUUCACCGGAAGAAAAAUCUAUUGUUGAAAAGAGUGAAAUAGAUAGAACGCCUUCACCAAGUGAGGAGAGCGAGGAAGAUGAAGACAUCAAACGAAGCGUUGCUGAAAGAAAGGAACAAAUAACUAGAAAGUUAAGUUCUAGUAAAGUGCCAGCUUCAAAACAAAAGAAAGAAAUUCGUGAAGAAAUAAUUGAAAUUAAGACACAAAUCAAACCGGAUAUCAAGAAAUUCCACGACAUUGAGCAACAGUCUUUAGAUAAGGAACCCACAUUAGAAAAGUCACGAUCGAAAACAUCUCCAGAUAAAGUUGAAGAGGGGACAGAAGAACAGGAAGUCAUUACAGAAACUAUUGUUGAAGCUAUCGUUGAAGAAAGAAAGGAAGAGGUAAAACCAGUAGAAAAACCUAUAGAACAAUUUAGGAAGUUCGAUCCAUCAUCGCCAGCUAAGCCUACCCCUAAACAUCUGCAGAGACACAUGCGAAAUGAAUCAAUGCGGUUUCCAUCAGGGGACUUUUCCAAUGUUGUAAUAACCCCAAGAAAAUCAAUAACAAAUGAAGCAGUAGAAAAACAAGCGAUUGAAACUAAACCUCAUACGGUUACAAAAGAAGAGAUUUCACAGAAAGAAAUUUUCACAUCUAAAGUCGAAGAAAAGAUGGAAGAAAUUGAAAAAACGGCCAAAAUCGUUAAAGAAGAGAAAGAUAUUGCUGAAGCUACUUUGAAAGAUAAAAUUAAUUCAUUCGAAUCGAAAAUGGUAAAAGAAAUCAAUGUUGAUGUUUCAAAACCAACGAUAAAACUAACUAAAGAAGCCCUAAAAAAACAUACUUUGGAACAAGGACAAGGCAAUGGGUAUACUCAAGAGUUCGUUAGAGAGCAAUCUAAGCAAUUAUCGAGCAUGGAAUCUCACGUUACACAUAAAGUGACCGUCGAAACUGAGACACAUAUUGAGACAGUAAAAUCCGUCAAAGAGACGAUACAGCAAUUCGAUUCGAAAACAAAACUAUGUGAGAAACCAAAGCAUUUCCCUAAGACUAUACGAACAGACUCAACCCUCGUUCAAGUAUCUUCCGAGGAAGAUAGCGAAUUCCUUAAAAAAUCGACAGAUUCUGAAACAGAAACGGAAUCGCAGACUACAACAGUCAAAGUGGACAAAUUAGACAACAAAACUAAAGUCAAGCCCUACAGGGAAUAUAUUGGCGCUGAAAUAGAUCACGAAGACAGUCCUAAAGUUAGUGACAAAGAUAAAAAAGGAGAUGAAGACGAUAAGGAUUACAAAGGUGUUGCUGUAAUGAAAGAUGUCUUCCUAGAAAAAAUAACUACUGAAGAACCAGUACAAGUUACCGAAGAAUAUAAAAAGCAAUCGUUGGAGGAAAGAGAUGUCUCUUUAACUGAUAAAUCAAAGGAAAAGGUUGAGACUCAGACCUCUACAGCAAGUACUAAAUCAGACCUUAGCAGACAUACGAAGACAGAUUCUGUAGGUUCAGAUAUGCAAGAUUUAAUAGCACAAAAAGUAUCAACAGAAUCACCAAUCCAAUCUGUCGUUGACAAAGCUGAUUCUUUAGCGGAUCUCCAGCACAGCACCGAGAAAGACUUCAGCUUUAUUUCCCAAACUGAGUCCAAGGUAUACUCAAAAGAUUCUAAGCACAGAAGUGAUUCAUUGGAUGAAGCUUCUCAGUUUUCUGAUCUAGAAGAUCAAAUUGGCUCAAGUCCGGCGCACAGACCAGUUACUGAGAAAAUAGAAGCAGGCUCAAUUAAAACCGAUGUGAAAUCCGUUUCAAAAUUGAUUGAAAAGUUUGACACGUCCCCGAAAAGUCAGACCAUGGAAUUUUUGAAAUUCGAGAGUGAGCAUAGUGCCCAAGUACAGGUACCUUUAACGGAAUCAGAUAAGACUAAAGAGACACCAGUGAUAAGUGCUAAAGCGAGACAGUUUAUUGAAACUGUACCUGAGGAUGAUUCAGUGCAGGAAUGUUUCUUUUCAAAGCGUAUAUAUUCAGAUUCGCUUGAAGAUUCCGAGCAUACUGAUUCAAGAAGACAUUCAGAAGCAGAAUCACUAAAAUCUGACCAAUCCGAUACAAAAGUUAAAGUUUCGUCAUCUGAAUUUGAUGAAAGGGCUGAAUUCGAAGAGGCGGCUGAUUCUGGAAGUGGAUUUGGUGACGAAAAAUUUGAGGAAAGCGUUGGAUUUACUUCAUUUAAAAUUGACCCUAAAGUGCUUGAAAUUGAGAGGCAAGAUUCGGAAUCUGAUAAAGAGUCAGACGUCGUUUUUAAGAAAAUGAUACCUAAGCGACAUUCUAGAACUGAAUCUAUAUCAAUAACUAAGCUAAGUGAUAUUGGUGAUAUUGAAAUCAAACCAAAACAAGAAUUCCAAAUUAUUGUAACCGAAGCAGAAGAAAUAGAUAAAUCUUUUGAAAAAGGUGAAACUUCAGAUAAAAUAUCAUCCGAGAGCAGUAGAGAAAUAGAAAUUUCAGAACGUAAAUCAUCAGAUGGAAUUUCAGACAAGAUUAGUUCGGAAGAUGCGGUUACCAAGAAAACAUCUUCGGAAGAAGACGUAGUCUAUGAAGCAGAGCGAUUGCAACAGCAAAAGACAGAAGUUGUUGCAACAACUGUAAUUGAAAAGAAAAUGGUUUCGGAUGAUGCGAAAGAGGAUGUUGAUUCAAAACGCCAAUCAGUGACGUCAACAGAAUCAGUGGGUGAACUACGUCUAGAGGAAAAGCGACCGUCAGAUGCUCACAGUCUUACUGAAUCUAGAGAUUACACUUUUGAAGAGUCGGAGGACGAUAUUGCAACCCAAGGCACACAUGUGGAUCAUUCCAAGGAUAUUGGGCCACAUAAAAUUGAAACCGAAGAAAUUAUACAGAUUGCUGAAAAAUCUGUAGAACACCCGAAACUCGCCAAACUGACUCACGGGGAUUCACUUGAUGACGUUGAAGGAUUUCCAGAAGAUCAUACUGCAGAUUAUGUGCAUAAAUUACCACAUAUUGCAGAGAUUGGAUCUGUUUCUGAUAAAGAUAUGACUAUUGAAUUUCUCAAUAGAGAGAAACAAGAACAACUAAAACGCGUGUCUGUUCAAGAACCAGUCCCUGAAGUGAUUGUUCCUUUAACUCAAGAUGAAAUAAUUAAGGAAACAGUAACACAUAAAGAAACCCCGACCGUCUUUACUUCGACCAAAACUGAAACACAUUAUUCUAGCACAACUAGAACAGAGCCUUUGGUCACAUCUGAAAUGAUGAGCCAAACUAAAUCAUCUAUAAAAGAAUCUACCACAACUAAAUCAUUCAGAACAGAAGGGAAAUUCGACGUUUCAAAGAUAAGGACCGAUACUUUGGGCAAAUUUGAUAUUGGUGAACAAUUGGAGGAAAUGAAGGAAACCAAAAAACAUAUGCCGAGAGAUUUACAAGAAUUACCUGAAAUAACGAAAGAGCAAGUCAAACCAGUUAUCGAUGAUAUUUUGCAAAAAGGUACAAUUGCUGCUGUUGCACGAAGCCCAAUUGUAGAUAAAGACAUUAAAACCAUUACCAAAGAAAUAGUAGAAUCAGAAAAGAGAUCUUACGACACGAAAGUGCCUCAGAAAGAAGAACGAAGACAUUCGUGUAUCAGUCCAGCUAUUUCCUUAGAAAGGAUUGCUGAGUCUGAUGUUGAAACAGAUGAAGAAGUCAGUAAAUCUAUUCCCAUUGUUGCCCAUGAGAAAACAACUGAAAUUAAAACGGAUAUGAAAAAAUCUGAUUCGGCCAUGAAACAAAUGGCAGAUAAUAUAGAAAUUAUCAUUAAGCAGGCUUCGGAGGAAGUCGAUAUGUCAUCAGAAGAACACCCUGUUGAAGUUGCAGAGCCUCAGGACAUUGCUGGUCAAGUUUCUGUGGAUUCAAUAAUUGAAGAGGCCGUAACAACCGUCGAAGGUUAUUUGGAAUCAGCUAAAGACAAAGAAAAAGAAAUUGAAGCUAAGAAAGAAAUUGUUUACGCUGAGACAAAGAAAUUCGCUAAAGAUAGACCGGGCCUCAUUAAAUCGCUUUCCAGGGAUAGUGGUGAAAUUGUCAUAAUGCCCAAAAAGAAACAAACGAGAACAUUUUCAGUACAGAGUUCUCCGGAAGAAGUCGAAGAACAAAUAUAUACAGAUUCGGAAUCAGACAUGGACAAAGCUAAAGUUUUAGAAAUAAUUGAACCAAUGUCUGACCUAGACGGAAAACUACCAACGUCAAGUUUCGAUUCCAGGAAAAUAAGAACAGAUUCGCUGGAUGAUGCUGAUGAUUUCCCGGAGAAAGAGGCUGACGUCUUUGGUGAAGAUUAUCAAUAUCCUGACGACGGCAUACAUUCAAUUAUAAAGAAACCUGAUACAGCUAAGUAUGAGCCAAGCACAAGCUCUACAACAAAAACAUCCGAUGAAGAAAAAUCAACUGAUAAAGUGAUGAAAAAGACCCACUUCGUCGAUAGUCUUCUUCAGUCUGAUUUAGUAUCAAAAUCUACAACAGAAUCAUCUGUAACAACGGUUAUAUCCACCUUGACAAAAUCAUCUGACGAGGAGCAAAAGUCUGUUUUGGAAGACUGUACGUCAGCUGAUUUGUCUAAAAUCAGUGGUGCAGAUCUGGUCAAGGAUCCGUCAAAAACUUCUUUCGACACAAAAGAAGAUUCAAGAAUCGAUGAACAUACAGAAGACAGGGCGACCCCAGAUUUAUCUAAAAAGUCUCUUGACUUAACUAAAGAUUACUCUAAAUCUUCAAUUGACAGCAAAGAUACGUCUAGAGAUUUCGCCACCAACGAGCUAUCGAAAGAUUCAACGGUAGACCUAACAAAAGAUUACUCAAAAGUAUCAGUGGAAAGUGUCAAAGAAUCAUCGAAAUCAUUAGAUGAAAAAACAAUUUCUGAAGAUCAUUCUUCCUUAGAUGUAUCGAAAACGUUAGCUUCUGACGUUUCAGAAUGCAUUACAAUAAGCAAAGAAUUUAUUGAAGAAGAGAGAUCGGUAUCUCGUGUUUUUAGAAUAUCAACAAGUUCCUCACAAGAGACAUCAAUAAUGACAGAAAGCAAGAUGUUCAGUGAAUUGGAUGAUAAAUCAAUUAGUAAAGCAAAAUCGGAAGUGAUUGAAGUGGAAAAAGAUUUAUCAGAAUCUAUUCAGGACCAAGAACAGGAAGCGAAACGAGCACCUGAUACCAGUGAUGUGGCUCAAGCUAGAGCUGUCCAAGACCUACAACUAAUAGAAGAUAUUUCUGAUAAAUCGACACGUGAAAUAAAAGAGCUCUCAAGAACAAAGCCUGCAUUAACAGAAACAAGUGGUGAAAAUUUUUCAGAAGAAGUAAUUAAGCCAUCUUUUGAAAAAGUUAAGGCUGAAGAAAUUAUUUCAUCCCCAGAGACGAGUCAUAUUAUUGAAAAAUCGACUAAAUUAGUCACUAAGCCGUUAUCAACAGUGAGUGCAGGAACUUUGACAGACGUACGGGAUGAACAAGAAAAAUUAAAAGAUUUUAUUAAGGAAGAUAAUGUUGAAGAUUCAAAAAAACAGAUCGAAGGCGAACGUACAGUAUCAGCAAUUGCUGAUCACGUAGAUGGGGAAAAAAUUGCCAUACAAGCGAAAAUUGUUGAGGAGGAGGGAAAGAGUUCAAAAGGUGAUAUAAAAGAAGAAAGAUUAGAGUCAGUAACAUCAACUGCAGAAAAAGAAGAAUCAGACGAAGUACCAGACAUGAAAGAAUUAAACAGAAGAUGUUCUAACCUUCUCGAAGAUAUCUCUCAAGGGGCUUUGAUUCGAAUUGAUACUAGCCACGUGACACACGAUCUUGCAUCAAAAUUCUCCAAAACUCCGCCUCCCUCACCGGUGGACCUGAUCCUCAAAGAUAAAACCAAGUCUGAAGAAUUUACUGGUGAAAAGCAUGUAGGAUUACAGUUAAGAGGUUCAGAUUCAUCAUUCCUUGACACCAGCCGACAAUCUCCGAGGGCUUCAUCAGCUGGAGACAGCCUACUUAGCGAAACUGAAGCUCAUCAGAGCGAAGUAUCAAAGACGCCCUUCAAACCGAUCGCCACUGGGUCUAGACCAAAAUCCCCUGUUAAGCACAUCGCCGAAAACAUGGAGUUUGUCAAUGUUGAUCAACCUACUAUCACUAGUGGGGCCAUUGAACUCGUUGAUCGUACGAUUGAAAAGAGCAUGGACGUAAUUGACCAAAUUAAGAAAGAACAACUUGCCGUGAAAUUGGAAGAAAUUCAAAAGUCCACAUCAACCGAUACGUUUUAUUCUGAAUCAAGGGUCGAAACAUCAACGUCCUCUUCAUCAGUCCAUAAAACAAUCGAAGGUGGAGAGCUUAAAUUCCAAUCCAUCGACCCACAAGCUUUGAUGUCAGAUAUGGCAGCUAAAUUUAGUGUCACUGACGAUACGCCUACAAUUUUGACGCAUAAAGAAACCGAGACUCGAAAAAUAUCAGGACAAGAGUUUUUCACUGAAACAAAACAAAUAUCUUCAUCGGAUGAUGACUCAUUGAUUAUUAAAACUGAAACUACUCAUGAAUUACACGGUCAAGAACAUGAGACCAAAGAAAAAACGAUUAUUCGAAAAGACGGCGAUCAAACUCAAACAUCUCAGAAAAAGUUAGAAAAAGCUCAUGAAGCCACGGCAAAGCGAUCUGACAUUGAAACUAAGACAGUCUUCAAAAGUACUGAUGAUACUGAUAUUAUUAAAGUUGAAAGAGAAUUUUCUGAACAGGGCUUGUACCAUGGUAGACAAACAAAAUCUGAGGAGAAAAUGACCGCUUUGAAAGAUGAUACGGUUAAAAAAAAACACGAAGUAAAGAUAUCUGAGAGAGAUUUGUCUCAUGAACAAUGGGGCAAAGAAUACUUCACAGAGCCUGGAGAGCUGGAAGAUAUAGUAGAGGACGAUGAUAAGUCGAAAGUAGCAUUCGUUGACUCAACUCUGAAAAUUAUUGAGUCUGAUGAAGUAGUCUCAAGCGUCGAGGUAUCAGAAAAGGGUAAAAUUGUGAGUUCAACAUUAGAACACCAUAGAGAAGAAUCUAUAAUUGAAAGCAAGGAGCACGAUGAUCUGAGUUCUGAUACUUCUCACGCUCCAAGUUUCAAGAGUGAACCAGCUGACAAACAUGAUUCUUCUGAAGCUAGUCCAAGAAGUAAAUCCAAGUCGUUUAAGAAAGAUAAUGAAGUUUAUGAAGUAGAUUUUAUCAAAGAAAUUAAAGUUUCCACUUCACCAGUUAAGAGUACGUUUAGUCGAACAGGAAGUCAAGAUACACAUUCUGAGUCUGAAAUAGCACCCGAUUUGCCACAUGAUGACAAGACUGGUGACACACCAAAAAAAGAACGACCAUCAAAAUCACCAAUAAAAUUACCACAAGAGCAGAUUGAAAAUCAGGUUUGGGAAGUUACAAUACAGAAAGCAGAUUCCUUUGAAAUUGGUGACGACACACCAAAAACGCCUUUGUUCAAAACAGUUGAAUCUAUUAGUACUAUAAAUCUGGAGAGCACUACUACGGAUAUCAGAACUAACAUUGAAACAAACACUGCAGAUAUAAAACUAACCAAAACUGACAUGUCGCCCAUCGCUUUUGAGGUAUCCGAAGACAUUAGCGGUAUAUCCAAAGACAUUAUGGUGAAAUCAGGCGAGAGUAUCGAUACCGAAUACAUGAUUAAAUCAUUAGAAUCACACGAAGGGGAAGUAUUACAGAAAUCUAUGGAUUCGACUAUGAGCGCCGAAACAUUACAACCAUCAGAAUUUUCCACUGAUUCUGCCUACCUAACCGGCACUGAUCAUAAAAGAGAAGAAAUUAAGUUAUUCAAAGAAAAGAGUCUAGAAGAUAUUUGCAGUAGCGGUUACGAUACUGAUCUCUCCUCUGCCGAGUUUCAUGCAAAACUUGAGACAGAAAGAGUUGAUUAUGAUUCUUUAAUGUCUGCUCAACCACUAGCCGACUUGUCAGUUUUGGAAAAAACGAUCGACGAAGUCAAGCAGUCUCUUGAAGCAGCACAAGUAGAAAUCAUCAGUGAAAAGAACGAUGGAAGUAUAAAAUAUAAACAGUCGCCUUCUGAAUUUCAAUUCAAAUUAUUAAUUAGUCCGGACAGACCCGAAGUUAUAACAGAAGAACCACAUCACACAGAAGGUCACGCCGAUAAAACACCAGUUAUUGAAAAAACUGAAACUUUGUUAGAUAGUCAGAUAUCAGACAGUGUUACCCAGAAAAUAAGUUCCCAAGAGGAAACCACAUCCGAUGAAGAUAAAGACACAGUCUACAUUAAGGAACCAAGCCCCCCAUUAGACGCUGGUGAUAUUUCUAUUAGAUCAACGGAUAGUGGUCCACACUCGAUUUUAGAGACUGAAAGUGAGAUUGUUACGUCAGAUCGUGACGGCUCUUCAAAAGGAAGUCCUGAAGUCAAACUAAGAGUCCAAAAGCAUAUCAAGUCUAAACUUGGUAUUGUAGAAAGACGAUCUGCAUCGGAUAUUGAAGGUUGGUCUAGCUCAGGGGAAAGUCAUUACCAUAGCUUUGAGCAUUCUGAAGGAAGACCACUGUCUUCAGAUGUUGACGUUAUGAUGACCGCUCAAAGUGGAACCGAAUUCGAUACAGCGAUGACAAGUCAAGAUGUUUCAUCACAAUCCUUACGAACUUCGAGAGACUACUAUACAGCAGGAAGCUCUUUAGCUUCUAGGGAUAGUAUGAAAAGUCUAGAUUCAGAUGGUUCUAGCCAUGUAGCCAGUAUUGACAUAUCAGAUGCUUCAGAAACAUUAGUACCUUCAGCCAAUGAGCUAAAAGAAGAACUUAUGGAAAGUAGUACUUACGUAGAACAAUUUCUGCAUGAAACCGAAAAAGAUCAAACAUCUAAAUCCAAAGACAUAAGCGACGAAGAUGUCUCUGGCGAAGAAGAAGAUGCUAAGCCCGGUAUCUUUGAACCAAUAGGAAAAAUGAAAAGAUCACAUGAGAUGCGAUUUCAACCAAAAGAGAUGAUACCUGAAAGUUUUCAAGUUGGAAGUACGUCAGAAAGCAUUGAAGUAGAUGAAGAUUCAUCGAAAGAUAAAGAAUUUUCGGAUACCACAAUAUCUAGUCAGUUUAAAACAGAUGAAAUCCUUUCAUCGUCCAUUUCAAAACUUGAUAUGCCUUCGUCACAAUCUCAAUCAGAAUUGGAUCUAGACGAAGUGAAAGAAGUGAUAACGAAAACGAUAUGUCAAAAGGAUGAAGCGAUACCUUUUAAUGUUACCAAAAUUGAAAAACCUCAACGAGAAUUCGCUGACGUUGACAGCGAUAUUAUUCCAAUAGGGUCCUCUGAAUAUGAAGCAAUAGUCAAAUAUGGUGCUGUAACAUCGGAUCUAAAAAGUCCUUCACAUCAAGAAACGACCAUCACUAAAAUGAGUAUUGAAAUGAAUGAAAGUACACCAGGAGAGCAUAAAGUAGAAGUAUCAGAAGUUUGUGAGAGAAAGGAAAUCAAAGAUGUAAGCGUAAUUCCAUUUCCUAAAACAGAAAUACCCACACCUAGACAGAGAGAAUUUGUCGAUGUCGAACAAGAAAUCAUACCAAUAGGUUCGAUACAAUAUGAGGAAAUACUCAAAUCUAAAAGUGAUUCGUCGGUACCAAAAACCAAAGUUGAAAAAUCUGUCAUAAAAACUCCUGAGUCAGAAUUAGACAGCAAACAAAGUUCAAUGUCCAGUUUGAAAACGCAAGAAACACCACAAACGCCCUUAUCUGCUCCUAGUCAGAGUUCUAUUUCAACUGAUAACGGACGAGAAUAUAUACUAGAUGAUAUGUAUGAUAUUUCAGAAACUCCUGAACUAAAAUCCGAUGUAGUUACCGAAAGCAGUAAAUCUGAAUUGAUGAUUACAACGGAAGAGAAAACUCUAUAUACAUACGAAAAAGAUCAAGAGUCGCCCACUAGUGACGAGUUUGAAAUAGUAGAUAAACCAAGCGAAAUGGAUGAAUUCGUUGUAAUUGAAGAAGUCGCUAAAGAGGCCCAAGAAACUGAUACAGAAGGUAAAAGUGUGCAAAUCGUUGCACAGAAAUAUGUAAAAAGACAUGAUACUGAAGUGGAAGAAUUACUGUCGAAAACUGCUAAAAAACAAGAAAGUACUAGUAGCGCUUCUGGGUCACUAUCAGAUGAGGAAUUAUUGCAAUUUGAAAUAGAACAAAAAAGGUUACAAGCGCAAGAGCUAGCUGAAAUAGAAGCAGGCAAGCGUUGGAUACAAAUGAGAUUCGAAGGCGAUCCACGAUACGACUAUGAAAGGGUACCCUUAGAAGACAUUAAAGAAGAAGAAAUGACUGACUUUGAUGCCAGCAGGAUCGGAAGUCUGAGUUCUCAAAAGGAAUCAAUAGGCAGUUUCGGCAGCUUCAGAAACUCUUACGGCAGUCUUUCUGAAUCGGAAAUGGCAUCUCGUAUUAGAUUUAGAGUCAGAGGAGAAAACGAUGAUAUUUCGAUCAGCUCUUUGCAGGAAUUCGAAAAUCUAGAAAGAGCGCUGAUGGAACAGUAUCAACAAAAUUCUUCUUCUUCACAAGAUUCUUUGAACGGUUCGCUUCCCAAACGAUACAUAUUGAGCAGAAGUCAAGGAGAUGAUAUUUCAAUUUCAAGCUUAAAAGAAUUCGAAGGAUUAGAAUCGGCAUGCUUAGAAGCUUUAAGAGCUGAAAUACUGGCAAAACAAAAAGAAGCUCUAUUAUUAGCCGAUCCCAAAGAAGUAAGUGGGAGCUUUUUAGAAAGAGAAAAACGGUCAUACAGCGGAAGCUCUGAGAGUAGUCCUCCUCAAAAAAGUGGCAGUCCUAGUCAAAAAUCUGGGAGUCCAUCGCAAAAAGGCGGAAGCCCUUCACAAAAAAUCGGGAGCUACGGCAGUCCUUCACAAAAAAUGCUGACUGAUUCUGCUGCAAUCAGAAAACUAAUUGAUCAACAAAUGGCUAUAGAGGCAAAACUACAGGAGCAAGUCGUUCCUAAAGUGGUGACAGUCAAGAAAUUUGAUGACAGGGGUGCAUUUUUUGUACCUGAACCAGAAACAGAGUCAACAGAAUCAAAAUCAUCUGAUAUAAAUGAAGAGUGCCAAAAAACAUCGACAUUUAUAUGUGCCUCUGCGCCAAGUGACGGCUCGGCGGAAUCUAUCCCUGGAGACUGCGAAGAAAUGAUGAAGCUCCUUGACCAAGAAGAAAAAUCGAAGACCUCACAGCCCGUUACUCGAACCUUCACCGACAGCGGAGUCAUUGAAGUAGUCAGAACCACGACAGUGAUCCAACAAAGAUUCGUUGACGGAAAGAAGGUCUCCGAAACGGUCACUAGCACAGACGCAGAUGUGGGAGCAAGUCCAGUUGAUAUACCCGCCAGAACUAGACAUUACGAUGAAGGAAUCUUGUCGUAUGGAUCCGAAAUGUCAUCAUCUAUAACCUCCCAGCCGUCGGAGAUGGAUAGCUUGAUGACCGUUAUGGAAAAGCAUUCCGAUGGUGAAAUAGUGACGGUUACAAAGCAGACAAUAAUAAUGACGGACAAACACGAAGAUUUGGAAUUUUCGCGAGAGGAUCCAGCCAGCGGCUCCUGGAGCGGACAGGACGAAGAGCUCAGUUCGUCUGGAAGCUUCAGUCGGGGGGCACGAGCCGAUCUGAUGCUUGGGAGUACGGACAGUCUUGAAGCCACCAGUUCGAACGCAACGCGAGCAACUUACAACUACGAGGUGGACACUCCAAUGACCGGGAGUCUCACCUCCGGAGCGGUACCGCCUCCAGGGUCGAACACCAUGGUGUCUUCCCUGGACACCCUGGAACCCAUCACCGCCGUGCAGAUGGACAGUAUGGAACACCAGUCUACGAGUGAGCAGCAGUCCCACGAGUAUGAUGUCCAAGAACCGGAUUCUGAUACUGAAAGACUAGAGCUUGAUAGCAAAACACCUAAAGCCAAGGAGCGAACCAUAAUGUUUGACAGUACUGACACUCUAAGUGCUGUGAGUGGCGAUAGUUCCAUCAAAGAAGCGAAAGUCGAGACGCCCGCUGCUACGUUCUAUAUCGGAGACACACCUAUUGUUAGAGGUGGGGGACGUGAAGAGGCAGAGCCUCAGCAACCAUUGUCCGAAAGCUGUCCAGCAUCAUUGCAACCUGUUCCUCAAUCAUCACCACCUGUACCUACACAAAGAAGAUCCCUAACGAUGAUAGCCAAGGCACCGCACACAAGUCUAGAGGAAGCUGCAAAGAAAUCCUAAGCUCUAAAUAGUUUACGUUAAGAUUGUUUUCGUAAAACAAAAAUCGCUGCUGAAGCUGCUUUAGCAAAAAGUGCACCUAUUGCUAAUAACAUCUCGGAAAGGUUAAAUAAACAAAUACGUCCUGUAGUUAAACGAUGGUUCAAACAAUUCGAUUAGUUAGAAUAUAGCAAACGUUCUGUUAAUUUCAAAUUGCGAGCCUAAGUAAUAAAGAAAUUGUUAAUAUCAAUACAGUAUUCAGACUCGAUAAUUUUUAUUGGUAAUUUUUAUAAUCUUGAAGCGGGUACAAAAUUUCCAAAUAUAUAGAUUUAAAUUACGCUUAUCUUUCGUUGUUAUUGCGAAUUUUCAAGAAAAACGGUACGUUGUAUUUUUGAAAUAUCGUACAUGAGAAUGCUAAUCUGCCUAUUUCUGCCGUGAGCCGAUUCAGUUUGAAGAUAAGGGACACCCGCAAUUUUUCUUCCCUACCUAUUUUCUGGUAGCCUAAGAGGCUAUUCCAACUUCGCCCGGAUGGGUAGGUGAGCUCACGGGAUCAACCUGAGAGAAUUUGAUAACACUAGCCCUAACAAGAGCAGCGCUUCGCAUAAUCUACCACCGGAUCGGAAUCGCGAUCCACUGAGAAGAUCUGGCGAAGAACUCAAUGAUCGACCACCGCGAUACAAUAGUACCUUCGACCUCAUGUCUCAAAGUGGGCGGUUGUUGAUAUCUAAGAGCACCGGUGCAAUAAAAUCGAACAUAGUGCAAUAUUAAUAAAACUUACGAAAGGAUGUACAAUUAUAUCCAAAUACAUUAAAAUUAGAAAUCACUUAUCAUUCGAUUUUCAUUUGGGAAUUUCAAAGAAGCAGCAUAUAUUGUACUUGAUUGACUUACAUUCCAAGGAUUAUAGUUAGCCACUGAACGAAUUGAUAGUUCCAAGGAUUUGCUAUUACAUACAUUAAUCAUCACAUCUAGGACGAGCAAACGAAUUCUCCGAUUCAUUUCUUAGUUCAAAAUAUUUUUCAAUUAUCUUCAAUUAUUAUUAUAUAUUUUCUUCCAAGUUCAAUAGGCGCUUUUAUUUAACAGUCGUUUUUUUUCAUUCAAGAUCUUUUUUGGGAUCGAAAUAUUUUUAUAGAAUUAUCAAUUUAAUAUCAUAUUUAAAAUUCGCUGACGGCAAGGCUCAUAUAAAAUAAGGGAAUUAAAAGAAUUGAUGUUUGGAAAUGACAUAAAAAGGUAUGUUAAGUUACGUCGAAAAGAUAGGAUAGCUUCGAUUAGCUAAGCAUUUCUUGGCUAAUUUCUUAAGGGAUUUUAGAUAGGCAUGAGGUCGACGGACUUAAUCCAAGACGGUACUUGGCUCCUUGUAGGUUUUGUAGGUUUUGUAAAGAACGGAAAAUACCCUCGAAUAUGAAUAUUUAGAAGCGGGAUGAGACUGAUGGAAUUAAUGAUAAUAGUAGAGUUAUUAAUGUUCUAGAUUUGAAGGCUAUUGAAACAAUUGCGAUUUGAUUUUAGGGCCAUUUUAAUCUUAACUAUAGUAAAAUUAGAAAUAUACUAUACUAAAAUAUAGCAAUGAAUAAACGGUAUUUAGUAAGAUGAAAUAAUUUAAAGUUUGAUUUACUUGAACUUAGAUACAUAUAUAGCAUCCAUAUUUAUCACAUCUGAUUAGAAAAAGCAGUCCCUUUAAUUAAUUUCUAUUACCACUUCAGUUACUGGUAUUUGGCACAGUCCAUUACCGCAAUAUGUUCCGCACCAAUCAUUCUUAUAUAUGAUCAAAUUUCAUACCUAUGUGGCGGUAUUCAUCACAGAACAAAAGAUAUUUCAUAUAUUAUUAUGUCUGAAUCUCGCUAACGACAUUUUCAAGAUAAAUUUAUAUUUAAACAAGUUCCGAACAAUAAAAUUUGGGCCAUCGGUCUACUAAGCAAUUUCACACAUUCGGUGAAAGAUCUCUUUACCUUGUAUACAUACAUAUAGCCAUAGCAAUAGCUAGAUGUAGUCUAGGAGAUACACUAGCUUACGAAAUUAGUUGAAUAAAUAAUAGGAUAUUAUUAUUUAUUUAUUUAUUUAGACACACCAACAGCAAUACACACAAAACAUUCAAUCUCAAAAUUAACAUCUAUAAAAUUAAGUAUCGGUAUGUAAGCCAGUUACAGGCAUGUACAGCAAUCUCUUAUAACACACUAUGACAUGUUACAGCAAUUUUACAAACAGCGGGAAAAUAGGAUAAAUUUAAAUGUUAACAGUACGACAAAAAAAUAAAUAGUAAUUUAAUUUAAAUAUUUAAUAUAAAAUUAUAAAUAAAUUAUUAUUGUCCAAAUGAAAUCGUAAUUGUUUUAAAUUGGAUUGUAGAAUUGUAAAAUUGUCAUGCUUAGCUAAAUAAUGUGCGUUAGCUGAUGAAGCUAUGUAUUUCAUAUCAGCUGCGGUCGUUAUCACGAGUCCUCGUGGUUAAAUUAAUAUAUAUUUCGUCAGGAGAAGAAUAAUGUUUCUAAAUCAUUAUCUGCUAAAUAAGAAAUUGAAUCGAAAAUUAAUUUGAUAUAUGAGUCGUCUAUUAUUAAAGGUGGCAAUCUGUGCAUUUGGACAAAAAAAAAUUAUUGAUAUGUCAAUACAGAUUGAUUUGAAUAUAAUCGUCUCCUUCAAAGAAUACGGUUCAAAACCUGCAUUAAAUAAAGGUUAAUAGUUAACCUGUUAUUUAUCUAAGAUGUCGUUCCGAAGAGUUUUGUGACUGCCAAUGGAAUACAAAGUCAAUAAUUCGUUUUUCUGAUUUACCAAUCAUUGUCCAAAAGUCAGAUUGCCGGCUUUGAUAAUAGUCGACUCAUAUGGCGUAAAAGUAUUACCUGAUAGAGAAUUCAGAACUCGUGAUGGCGACGAUUCCCACGAAUAAUGUUAGAUACGUUUCGCUUAAAUGUAAAAUUAUAUUUAUAAAUAAAUAGUUAAUUUAUUGAGUACGUGUGCUUCAAAGAUGUUAAAAAAACAAACUUUGAGAAGGAGAUUCGUUUUAGCUUCAUGUCUCUUGCUUCUGUCCUUAAUUUAACAAAUGGUAUCUAAACGAAGGGCUUAUAAGGUUUCAAGGACCCUUUUUUGAAGUUGUUGAUACUAUAUUUUGUUUAUUUUGUUGGGUCCAUGUUUUCCUGUAAGUUCUCCUAAAAAAAUUUACGUUUUAUUUCAGUUUUACUUGGAAACUGUUCCUUGUAUUUUGUUGAACCGUUAUCCGUAGCGAAAAUUCAAAUGGGUCUUAUUGCUGAUAGUUACAAUGGUAUUUAUUAUAUUGAGGUUUGAAUCGCUAUUUGAUUGUUUUUUGCGCCAAGGAUCCGAUCCAUGAUAAUAUCAAGGAUAUGCUGAUAUAAUACCAAAAGAUUUUUCGCAUAUUGACUCAUCGAGGGGUGAAAGACUAUUUGGUUAUUAUUAGCGACAUCUUUGAAAAUUCACAGGAGAGCCAUUCAAACUUUAAAAUUGGGAAUAAAUAUCAAAACAAAACAAAAUGUUUAGCUAUUUGAAUGGAGUAAGCCUGAUUGAAGUUCAAUUAAAAACAUCAAACUGUUGAUGCUAAUCUAUACAUAUAAAUAAAAUUGGUGUGCCUGUUUGUAAUAUUGAAAUAACCGCUUUUUACUACAUGCAUAUGAAUAUAUAUACAGGAUAUACACCAAAAUAACAUUUUUUACAAUUUUUGUCUGUCCGUCUGUCUCUUUGUUCCGGCUAAUCUCUGGAACGGCUGGACCGAUUUUGACGGUACUUUCACUGAUAGGUAGCUGAUGGUAUAAGGAGUAACUUAGGCUACUUUUUUUAGACUAGCUUCGCCCCGCGACUUCAUCCGCGGUACGACAAUAGCCGCGGGUAGCAUCGCGGCACUCAGCUAGUAUCAAAUAAAACUCACCUUUAAGUACAAAGAUAAAUGUCGCUUAUUAAGCGUAAUGUCGCUUAAACUAAAUAACUUUUCACCCCUCGAUAUAUAGUUAUGUACUUAAUUUUGAAGUGUUUUCGAAACCAAAAAAGGAGGGAUUAUAAAAAUAUAUUAGGGAACCUUAGUAUCAAAAUUUCAUGCCAAGCAAAGCAAAUACCUGCGUCUUUUUAGUAAAAUACUUAUUUCCCUGUAGCGCAUAAACUGAUUCGACUAUUACUAAAAUCUCUAUAGAGGAGUUGACUUAUGUGGAUCGAGUUCUGUAACAAAUUUCCGUAUAUACAGGGUGUGGAUGACGAUAUGGCUUUAAAUCGAUUCAAGCAUACUCAAGUUCAAAGUCGCAAAAUCGUUCCGAUAAUCGCAGCCAUUCAGAAAAAGGAAUAUAUUAUUGAUCCCAUUAGUAUAAGUAUGCUGAAUUUGUUCAUUGGGAACUAUUUGUUGGAAAAUAAUUAUCAACGUAAUUGCAUAUGAAUAAGAAACGGGUAACUGACUUUUCAUAUGGGUUCUAAUUUUAGGAUAUUUUCUAAUUUAAUUAUUUUCUAAUUUCUAAUUUAAGGCUGUAAUAUUCUAGUUUAAGGCUGUACCGUCAUCUCCGACCCGUAUCAAAAUUCGUGGGCUCUGUAUAAGUUAUUUCAGACAUUCUCGCUGUUCGAAGCUUUGAAAGCUAUGAAAGCUACGUUUUCAGAAGCACUGUGUUGAAUUUAGUUGCGAUUAUUUACCGUUAUAUUUGUAAUAUAUGCUGAUAUUCUAUCGAAUAAAAUUUUAAUAUUAUUAUUGGUAUAUUAAAUAAAACGCUAUCUCAUU